ACAGCACGAAUGGAGAAAAGCACGGAAGACAAAAUAAACAAGGUGGAGUCUCCGAUGCUGUGCCGUUCACCUACCUAUACUACUGUGGGGUCCGCUGCGCCAUUCGUAUCCAAGCCAUGUGUUACUUUGUAGUAUGUGUAGCGGGGCAGGACGCAGCCCUCCAUCCUCGGAACCGCGCCACUGCGGAUGACUGAAGUGAUGGUUGGCAAGAAUUAACUUGUUGAACACUCACCUACGGGACCGUGCCAGAGCCCUCUUCCUCGCCCGCUCUUGCUUGACACACACCUCUCCUCGCCCUGGCGAGCCAGACAACAAACGAGACCUUCCAGCAUGAGCGACGAGCGAUCGGCACCCAAGUACCCCGUAUCAACAGACGACCACUCGGGUCUGCAGCCCGUCCCGGUUCCGGGCCUCGAGAGGGUUCCGUCGGGGUGGGCACGGCAAAACGCCUGGCGGGAGCAACAGCAGAAAGAGCACUACAGCCCAGACGUCGCGCCGACAUGGAGUGCAGCAGCGCCGGGAAAGGCCGCCCCGCCAAAUGAGCCAAAUGAGCCAAAACCGAGGAUAUUGGGGCUGUCAGCGAGGGUGUUUUGGAUCGUCAUCAUCGGUCUGGUCCUGGUGGUCGCGGGAGCGAUUGCGGGUGGUGUCGGCGGCGGCCUGGCCGCGCAGAGACGCGCGGACUCGCUCAGCUCUCCGGCAUCGUCCGACACCGUGUCCUCGACGGAUCCCGGGCCCUCGACAGAUCCCGUGUCCUCGACGGAUACAGCAGCAACCAAGACAUCGAGGCCGGGAACGGCGACGCCGACGACAAGCCGGUCUGGCGUCGUGUCGCCUGCGCCGACGGACGGCGGCUGCCCCAACAUCAACGGCUCGAUCUACACGCCGCUCGACGGACAGGGAAAGGAUAUCCCGUUGCGCGCGGGCGGCGCGGCGCAGGUGUUCACGGUGCUCUGCCACACCAACUACCCGGCCGGAAAGACGUACGGAAACCCCCAUCUGUACGACAUCAUGAGGCUGUACCUGCCUAGCCUGGAAGACUGCAUUGCGGCGUGCGCAAUGUACAAUGCCAAGUACGAGACCAACCUGGACAGCCACGUAUUUCCCGACGACACCGGCCUGUGCCGGUCCGUGGCCAUCGUCAAGGCCCCUGGCGAGUACUGCUAUUUGAAGAACGGCACCGGGACCAACGACACGUUUGGCUACCCGGCGACCUUUACGAGCGCGGUGAUGCUUCUGGCCAACACCUAGUACAACCGGCAGUGUGGUACAUACAGCCCGUCCAGCAGCGGAGUAUUCCACUGCGGAAGUGAUUGGGGGCGGAUGCCGGGGCUUGUUCGCAUCCCGAAUUGCACCGCAUCCGGGCGGGCCGGGGAGUUCGCCACAGCAAGCGUUGCUGCGAUGGAAUGCAGUUAGGUAACGACACAUUCAGUACCUAGUUCGUUACUGUGGGAGAGCCCCCUAAAAUGGCCCCCGAUCCUCAGCGCGCCCGCACAACCUAUUGUGUCUUAGGUUUACCUUAUA